CUAUUUGAAGGCAACAACAGUUUGCGAAUCACACGGCUGUCAUUGAAGUCUGAGAACAUCAAGCAGUUACUUGCUGAGCUCUUCAAGGCAUUCAAAUACGAACUGACAAAUUUACACAGCAGAUAAAUCGUUCUGUGUACACAACAUUAACAAUUUCCAAGAAUUUUAUGGUCAUUUAAUUCACAAACUAAUACGGGUUAGCAGGCGGUAGUGCACGGAAUCAACCCACUGGUUUGCAGAAGAAGGGAGAAGAUUCACUUCGACUGACUUUCGUAAGCACUCAGGAACAUAUCAUGGAGUUGAAUGACUCUCCUGUUCAGAAAUCCGCUGUAGAAAUCGUUAUUCAGAAGGAAAAGAAGUCAUUACGACCAGUCGGACCACAGGUCAUAAUUGUGUGUGCGUAUCUUCUGGUCGGAAUGUCAGUUGGAAUGUCCUUAGGUCACACUUCAGGAUUGCUACCACAACUCAACUCUGUCAACAGCAGUGUCUACGUUGACGAAGACACCGGUUCAUGGAUAGCAAGUUUAAACGUCGCAGCGGGCCCAUUUGGCAGUAUUCUGGCAGGGAUAACCAUGGACCAGUGGGGUCGAAGGAAGAUUACUAUAGUUGCAAAUUCGAUGUUGUUCGUUGGAUGGCUACUGGUCUCUGUUGCUUAUAACGUACCGGCACUGAUGGUUGCGAAAACCAUCGAAGGAUUUGCAAGAAGCAUGGCUGCCACCACUUUGACGAUUCUCAUAGAUGAAUUGGCUGACCCGAACUUCCGUGGUUUUAUACUGUGUUUCAUCAUGACGUGUGUGUCUGGUGGGGUUGUGGUGAUCAGCACCUUGACAGCUUUUUUGGACUGGCGUACUGUUUCUGGGGUCGCCACUGCUGUCUCUCUUUUGUCUCUCUUCCCGUUCUUUGUCAUCCCAGAGAGUCCGUCGUGGCUGGUGAGGAACGGCAGAAUGGAUGAAGCGACUCAGGGUUUGAUCUGGCUGUGGGGUCCACGAAGAGAAACCGAGGUACAAGAAGAUUUAGAAUUCCUGAAAACUCGCCACAGUUCCAAAGUGCAAGGGUGCCGAACCGUUCAGGACUUUCAGAAGACCUGCAGGGCAUUCUUUACUCCUCGCAUAUUAAAACCUUUCUUCAUUCUUCACGUUUUCGGUACAAUUCAAGUCUUCUGUGGUUCUAGCAUAUUAUUAUAUUACACAGUAGACAUUUUAUCAAAGAUCAAGGAAGCCGGGGGCGGUCAAAUUAUUGACGAAAAUCGAAGUGCCGUGGUAGUGUUUUUUGUACGAAUUGUGGGUAAUAUCGUAACCACCUUAUUAAUAAUUCGGAUUGGUCGGAGACCUAUAGCACUGACAUCAGGAAUUGGUUCGUCUGUAUCUGCUCUAGCCCUCGGUGUGUUGCUGAUUACGUUGUCCACAAAAGGUACUUCGCCUGGGUCAGGAGAAAUUGAAUCGUGGCUGGUAUUCGUGCUGACCAUGCUAUUUGUACUAUCAAUCUCGACUGGUUACCUCAUGUUACCGGUACUGAUGUUAGGAGAGACCCAGGCAGCGCAUGUAAGAGGUUUCGUGUGUGGUUACAUUUACACGGUAAACGAUCUCAUUUUAGGGGGUACAUUAAAAUUUUAUCAUUCGUUAUUAAGUAUUUUACAAAUCCAUGGUUUGUUCUUAUUAUUUGGAAUCUCGUGUUUACUUUGUACUCUAUUUGUGUACGCGUUCCUUCCUGAGACACAGGGGAAAACCCUGGAACAGAUUGAAGACUACUUCCGACAGCCAAAUGUAAUGUGGAUUACAAGAAAGAAGACGUCUCGGUGUGAAACCCGGACGGUGAACGGAAGCCAAAAGUUGGAAACAAAUGUCCUGGGUCCAUGAAGCAUUGAAUUGAAACACAUCAGAGAAAAAAAUCUACAUAUCGGAAAAUGCCCUCAGAUGUCUGAUAGAAUUGUAUAGACGUUUCAAAAGUACUUGCACCCUCGUGAUGAUAAGAGGUAGCGAGCGCGUAUGAAACGUCCGUAAACUUCUACCAGACUACACGGCGAAACAUUCCAUAAGUCGUGUUAUCUUCAUAUCUCCCGCCCUGAGAACCUCAUAUUUCACCUUUUAUGUACUGAAACUUAUAUAUUUAUAUAUGGAGGAAUGAUCUAUGAUGAGAAGAUAUGGAGUGGAUUGAAGUGGCUCAGGACUAUUAGCUUCUGAAGCUACACAACACAUGGGACAGACAAGAAACCAUAAAAAUACAAACGAAAUAUGUGAAGGAAAGAGCCCACUUGCCAGACCUACACAUAGAUGGGGAGGAAAUAUUAAAAUGGGAUUUAUGUGCAUUAUCUCGUGAAAAUGGUAAUGAACCUUCGGUUCCAUAGAAGGUAGAAAUCUCUUGAGGAUGGUUGUCUUCUGGGUUGUAGCGCCGUGUUGCCUAUUGAAACGGAGAAGACUGCCAUCUUUAUAAUCGCCGACUUGAAAAUUUCACAUCUUACAUAGGACAUUCUUGACUAGCCAGUCAACGUGAGCUUCUCAUAUACUUAAAUAUAUUACUAUCUGUAUUAAUAUAUUUAAGUAUAUGAGAAGACGAUGGAAAUGGCUGUUAUGUUUAUAAAUCGCAUGGUAUGUUCAAAUAAACGAAGCUUUUACUUAGCUGUCCCUUGGAUGGUUAACCAUAAAAAUUAUAAUAAGAUAUUAGAAAACGUCAAUUCAUUCCGUAGGAUAAAAUAAAUAUUUGUAUUAUACUCUAAUAAACUCCAUUACAGUUAUUACGAUUAAA